UAUUUAAUAUAUCUGACUGAUUGAAAAAUACCAGAAAUUUGGUUUCAAUCUUAAAAAAGGAGUUGGUAUUUGGUCCUGAGGCUUGAACAGUUGGGAACCACUGGUCUAAACAACCUACAUCAUAAUACCUCUUUGUUUUUUGCCUUUGCUACCUUUCAUUAACCUUCAAGUACCUACAAUUUUAACGUUACCUCAACCAUGAGAGGGAAUCACCUGGGGGGGUUAGGCUUUUGUAGGCCAGCAACAGUGAGUAUUGAAGGGAACCAGUGAGCCAUACUACACCUACAGUUUUCAAUGAGCUUUUUCAUCAAGACCUCAAACCUCUGUUACUUCUGUUCAUUACAGACCAGGCUGACCCUGUUAGUGUGCACAUGUUAUCUCAAAGAGGAGCUAAAAGAGUCUGCAGCAGAAUAAAUACAGACAGUUGUGAAUACCCACAGCUCUCUCUAAUGUCAGUCUGAAAUUUGUAGAAAACAGCAGGAAUUUAUUUUUUUUUGUAAUAAGAAAAAACAGAUCUUGAGUUUUUGCAGCUAUGGCCAGAUUCCACACAGACUGCAUUGAGAGACCUCUACGCAUCUGUUUCAAGCUGCUGGGUCAUUUUAUUGGAUCCCAUCCUUGGUGGUUCUUGAUCGUCCCUCUUAUUCUCUCAACAUGUCUGGGGAGCGGAUUUUAUUUCCUCAAGGACAGAAUGUCAAACAACAUAGAAGAGCAGUUCACGCCUGUCUAUGGACCUGCCAAGACGGAGAGAAGAUACAUCCAAGAAACCUUUCCUGGAAAUGAUUCCAUGUUUUCACGUCUAAGACUAAGUACAGAUGGGAAUUAUGCAACGUUCAUAGCUACAAGUGACAGAAAUAUUCUGACUGUGGAGUUACUUCAGCACAUCCUAGAAUUGGACUUUAAAGUUAGGAGUAUGGUGGUGCAGUUUGACAACAAGUCAUUUGAAUAUGUAGAUGUUUGUGCUCAGGUGAUGGGAUCCUGCUCCUCAAAUGAUAUUUUAGAUAUUAUUGCAUACAACGCAAACAAUAUAGAAGAAGUAAAUUUGACAUUCCCAUGGUAUUACUCUAGUUUUAAGAGUUUUCCUUUAUAUUUAGGUCUAGGGAGUGUAACACUGGACAAGGGAAACUCAGCUGUUAAAAGUGCUAAAGCCAUACAGCUCCAUUACUAUUUACGUGAAGACAAGAAAACAAAAACUGACAUUUGGUUGGAAAGCUUUGUCAAUUUGGUCUCAAACUGUUCAUCAACUUCCAUUCAGGUGUCAUACUCCACCUCAAUGUCGAUGCAGUGGGAAUUUCAAAAAACUCCAGCUUCUGUCAUCUUUUUAUUCUCAAACACUUACGCCAUUGCCAUCACAUUUUCAAUCCUAUCAUGCUGGAGGUUGGAUACUGUAAGGACUAAGGUGUGGGUGGCCUCCUGUGGGGUCCUCUCAACAGGUCUAGCUGUCCUGAGUAGUUUUGGGUUGCUUUUGUUGCUGAAUCAACCUUUUGUUAUGACAGUUGCCUCCUGUCCUUUCAUGAUUUUAGGUAUUGGCCUGGAUGAUAUGUUCAUCAUGAUAUCUUGCUGGCAGAGGACCCGUGUUCUGGACAGUGUCCCUGACCGGCUAGCUGAAACCUACAAGGAAGCAGCUGUCUCCAUCUCAAUCACCACCAUGACUGAUGCUCUGGCUCUCUUUCUGGGCUGCGGCUCGCCCUUUGGUUCUGUCAGAUCCUUCUGCCUAUAUGCCGGGAUUUCUAUCUGCUUCUGCUAUUUGUACACUAUUACUUUCUUGGGGGCAUGCAUGGCUUUGAACGGACAGAGGGAAGCAGGGAACAAGCACUGGUUCACCUGUGCCAAAGUCCCAGAAGACUUACCAUCGGAGAAGUCCAAAGUCUUCAGUAUCUGCUGUGUUGGGGGUAGCUACAAUCGAAUCUCAGAAAAGGAAGAACCUGAGUCCAUGAGCCAUUUUUUUGAGCAGUUCUAUGGCCCAAUUCUAACCCACAAAUCUAUGAAGGUGUUUGUAUUUGGAGUUUACGCAGUCUAUCUGGCUGUAAGUAUCUAUGGCUGCUUUAUCUUAGAGCAGGGACUCGAUGUCCGGAAUCUUGCUUUGGACAAUUCAUAUGUGAUUGAUUUCUACAACAAUCAGAGGCAACACUUCUCUGAAUAUAGCUGUAAUGUGAUGGUAGCAGUAAAGCAGCCCUUCAAUUUCUGUGAUGAGGACCAACUGAAGCAUCUGUGUCUUUGCAUUUCAAAAUUUGAAAGUUUAGACUUUGUCAACAAUACUUUGGCUUGGUUUCUUUCCUUUCAACAGUACGCAAUUGCGACCAAUGUCAAUAUAAGUUCUAAAGAUGCCUUCCAAAUGCAUUUGCAACAUUUUUUAGAACUCAACUUCAUGUUCACACAAGACUUCAACUUAACAGUAGACAAUGACAUUCAAGCCUCUCGUUUUUUCAUCCAGACAUUAAACAAAACACCAAUGCAAGACUUGAUGACUGUACUCAGGCAAACAGCAGAUAAAUGUUCAGUCAAUCUCUUGGUGUACCAUCCUGCGUUCAUCUACUAUGACCAGUACACUAUCAUCAGGGACAACACCAUUCAAACCAUCCUGGUGGCUGUGAUCGUGAUGCUUGUCGUCUCUCUCAUCCUGACACCCAACCCUCUUUGUUCGGCAUGGGUUGCUUUUGCAAUUUGUUCCGUCAUUGUUGGUGUGAUGGGGUUCAUGGCACUGUGGAGCAUAAGCCUGGACUCCAUUUCCAUGAUAAACCUGGUCAUGUGCAUCGGAUUUUCUGUAGAUUUCUCGGCACACAUUUCUUACACUUUCAGCUCCAGUCUAAAGAGUGAUGUCAAUGAGAAAGCAAAGGAUGCCUUGGCACGUUUAGGUUAUCCCAUACUGCAAGGAGCUCUUUCCACAAUCUUAGGAGUGGUUGUGCUCUCCAUGUCUGGGAGUUACAUAUUUAGGACCUUCUUUAAAAUUGUGUUUCUUGUGAUUAUGUUUGGACUGCUGCAUGGCUUAGUGUUUAUUCCGGUGUUUCUGACAUUGAGUGGGGCCUGUUGGUAGUGGAUUUAGAGGGGAUUUGGAAGUCAAACUUGGCGAUGAAUUGUUCCCACAUUUUCUAUAAAAAGUUAAAAAAAAAACUCAAAUGAUUGGGCAAUGACUAUAUUAACUUGAUUUUUUUUGUGUACAUGUUUUACAUAUUUGUGGAAGACGUGAAUAAGCUUCAAACCUCUGUUAGGGUGUUGGUCAAAGCCUGUUUACUCGGCAAUAUUUGUUUCCCUUUAGCUUAGCCUGAACAAAACCUUUUAACAUUGCUAACUAAGAUUCCACAUAAUCAUAGAGUAAAAAGUUUGCUGCCCUUGUGGCUGUUAGGACGGAAGUAUAGUGUCCCCCCCCACACACACACACAGGCCUUGAGCCACUUUGUUAUGAUUUCCAGUUAUAAAGUGCUUCUCUGUUGCAAUUGUUAGUUUGUGUCUAUUUGAUGGUUUAGUUGCAGUAUGCUCCUGUCAUUGCAUUUGUUGAGACAUUUUGUGUGCUUUGAAUUUGCAUCAUCUGUGAAUUUCUAUUGUGUAUCCCUGAAAGGAAAAUCUUUCAUCAUCAUCCUUGACCUUGUUAGCAUAAUCAUUGUUUAAGAACCACUUUUAGUGCCCAGUUGUACAGCUGCAGGACCAAUUACAUUAAAGUGUUUC